UCCCGCACGGAACUCUGGGUAAGUCCAGAGUCACGUGGCAAUCACAAAAUCAAAGUGGCGUCUAUAUGUUGUGAAUGUGGAUCGCUCGUGAAAUCACUGUUAAAACUGCUCGGAAUUUCCACUUGAGAACUAAAAAUUCACUAAAAUGGAUUAUGUUAGAGUCAAGGCAAAGAAAUGAAGAGAAA